AAUCCAGAACUGAAGAGUGAAUUUCAGUGGCUGCUUCCCUAUACAACCAGAUGAAAAGCAUUAUCACUGACUUUUUCAGCACACUUUAACACUGAUGCUAACCCUGCAAGUAAGCAGAUUUCAGACAUGGGCAUGGACAGACGGCAGAGAGCCUCAGCAGCACUCUCGCUCAGUUUUCUCUCGUUAAUCUUCUCUAUCACAGCAUUUAGCAGCAGUUACUGGUGCGAAGGGACAAGAAAAGUUGCAAAACCUUUCUGUACAGAUCAGAGGAAAGGGACUCACUGCAUCCGCUUCAAUAGCUCUGAUCUGAACAAUAGCAACGCCGUUCAGUAUAUCUGGGAGACAGGCGAUGACAAGUUCAUUGACCGAAAGUUUCACGCUGGCAUCUGGUAUUCAUGUGAGGAGAUUAUUAAUGGGGAAGGUGAGAAAUGUAGGAGUUUUAUCAGUCUGACUCCACCUGCAGAUCGAGGUGUUUUGUGGCUGUCUAUUGUAGCAGAGCUACUCUAUAUCAUUUUGCUUCUAACUGGAGCCACUUUGAUGUCAAUAGAAGUGUGCUACUACACUACAAUCAUUGAUGGAUUAAAGCUCAACGCCUUUGCUGCAAUAUUCACAGUACUAGCAGGUCUCUUUGGCAUGGUCGCUCACAUGAUGUACACAACUGUAUUUCAAAUGACUGUCAAUCUUGGUCCAGAAGACUGGAGACCACAGAUGUGGGAUUAUGGCUGGUCCUAUUGGAAGCUUAACCCUUUCUGGCCAGAAGGAUGGUGGUAGAAUUCGAGGCCUAUGGACAAGCUGGAAGUGAUGGGGUGAAUGAGAAACCCAUGCAGUGAGUGCUCGUGUUUUUGUGCCAAAUGACCCCGCUAUCACUCUGCUGAUGUGCAUGUUGAUUGGGAGUCAGUUUACUGAAGACCACAUGAUACAGUGUCUGUGACGGUAUUCCAGGCACAGAGGUCUGUGCAAAGUUCUGGUUCCCCUUUCAUCUUGCAGAAUUGGAAGGAGCAGUGGAAAGGAUUGAAGUCUUGGAAAGAUUUUCUUAUGAGGAGAGACUGUUUAGUAUAUAGAAGAGAGUAUCAAGAGGGGAUGUGUCAGAAAUAUACAAAAUAGUGAAUGGUCUAAAGAUGGUAAAUCAGGUGCCUUUAUUUGCUUAUUUGCAGAAGGGGAUAUUCUAUUCUAUUGAAAGGCAAAACAUUGAAAACGGGUUAAAAUAAAUAUGCUUUUACUUAACACAUAAUUAACGUGUGGAUAUUUCUGUCAUAAGAUAUCCCUGAGGUGAAGAUCUUUGUAAGAGUUUUAAAAAAUUAGAUGUCCCUAGGUAUAAUGAUUACAUCCACAAUAACAUUUGGUAGGGAAAAGUGAAAGCGAGAUGAACCUUCAUAUUUCAGAAAAUAAGCCAGCUGCUAACUGAGAAGGGUUAGGAAGGAACAUCCUCUAUGGGAUGCUUAUUUCAUAACUGUCUACUACAGAAGUUUCUUGUACCUGUCUCUGAAGCUGAUGGUGCUGGUCAGAUCAAGACAGGAAACUGGACCAGAUGGACCCUGGGCUAAUCUGCUCUACCAAUCCUUGUAUACAGAUUGAAUGGUCCCAUGGAUUCUUACAUGUUUUUAAAAUUGCAGAUUUGGAAAGAUGAAACUUUUUUUUUACUUUGUGAGCAUUAAUGUGAAUGAGAAGCAAUUAAAUGUCAUGCCUGAGGAUAGAUAGAGGUGGAUAGAAAGCUGGCUAGAUCAUCGGGCUCAACGGAUAGUGAUCAAUAGCUCCAUGUCUAGUUGGUAAUGGUGUUGAUGUCAUAAACUUAGACUUCUCUAAGGAAUUUGACUAGUAUUACACAACAUUUUGAUUAAAAAACUAGCACAAUUUAAAAUUACUGUGGCACACACUGAAUGGAUUAAAAACUGGCUAAUUGAUAGGUCUCACUGUAUGAUUGUAAAUGGGUAAUCAUCAUCAAGCAGGCAUGCUUCCAGUGGGGUACCACAAGGAUCAGUUCUUUGCCCUAUGUUAGUUAAGGAUUUUAUCAAUAACCUGGAAGAAAACACACAAUUAUCAAGAUAAAUUUUGCAGAUGACACAAAAAUAGGGGAAAUGAUGAAUAAGGAGGAGAACAGGUCACUGACAGAGUGAUCUAGAUUGCUUGGUAAAUUGGGCACAAGCAAACAAUAUGUGUUUUUAAACAGUUAAUGUAAGUGUAUGCAUCUGGGAACAAAGAAUGUAGGCCAUACUUACAGGAUGGGGGACUCUAUCCUGGGAAGCAAUGACUCUGAAAAAGAUUUGGGGGUCAUGGUGGACAAUCAGCUGAACAUGAGCUCCCAGUGCAAAGCUGUGGCCAAAAGGGCUAAUGUGAUCCUGGGAUGCAUAAACAGAUGCUCAAAUAGGAACAGAAAAAUUAUUUUACCUCUAUAGUUGACAGUGGUGCAAUCGCUGCUGGAACACUGUGUCCAGUUCAAGAAAGAUGUUGAUAAAUUGGAGAGGGUUGCCUUUUAGUAAUAGACUCAAAGAGCUCAAUUGAUUUAACUUAACAAAGAGAAGGUUAAGGGGUAAGUUAAUUACAGAGUACAAAUAUCUACAGGAAGAACAAAAUUUUAAUAAUGGACUCUUCAGUAUAACACAAUCCAGUGGCUGGAAGGUGAAGCUAGACAAAUUCAGACAGGAAAUAAAGCAUAACUUUUUUAAUCGUUAGAGUAAUUAAUCAUUUGAACAAUUUAUCUAGAGUCAUGGUGGAUUCUCAGUUACCGACAAUUUUUAAAUCAAUAUUGGAUGUUUUUCUAAAAGAUCUGCUCUAGGAAUUAUUUUGGGGCAGUUCUAUUGCCCAUGUUAUAUAGGGGGUCAGAUUAGAUGAUCAGAAUGGUCCUGUCUGGCCUUGGAAUCUAUGAAUCACUUAUUACAACAGGGCUCAACCUGGCCUGCACUUCUUACAGUGCAUGUUUGCAUGUGCGCUCCCCCAUACGCACAUUCUUUGGGUGCUAACACUUGUGGUGAUGAUACAAAUACACUGCUUUGAAUGGAUACUUUUAUCUCAGAGCUUCUUUUUUUUCCUCAGGAAAGCACUACAAGGAACAAAGUGAAGGUGGCUAGUGCUUUAGAUGUAGAUUUUCAUCCACUCAGACAUUUCAGUUAACCUUGACUUUGAAUUUCCCUGGUUUAAUGUUUUUUUUUUUUUAUAGCUACAAAAGUUAUUGUAACGGUUAUUUUCUCUAAUUUUACUAAUAGGUACUUUGGGCUAGAUCCACAGAGACUGCU